AGAUGGUUUGCCCACCAUCGAAGAGCUAAUUGAUGCAGUAAAUGAUAAUGUCAUCAGCAUGAGGAUGCGAUGAGUCGUCUUGUCAAAUGAGGAUGAAAGGGAAAUGUUGUCAGUAUAUCUUACCAAGCGGUCGCGAGGCGGUAGGUGUAGUUGUUCAGGCACUUGCGCUUGUCACCUCGGGUGUAGGCGGGGAUAGCUGAUAGCCAGCCCGACAACAGAGGCCCCAGGCAGGUGAGAAGGCGGCAUCGGUAACGACUGCCAGCCGGAGAGGACUCGAACAGGGUGUUGAAGUCCUUCUCUGCGAGGGCCUCUGAGAGCUUCUGCUGCAGUCGGGCUUGCGGGCGGGUGAUGAGCUGCUGGAUGGGAGGGAUGGCGACAAAGGGGAGAGAUGCAGAGAAGCCGGUGCGGGCGGAUGCUGCCGGGACGAGCCAUUCCAGCUGGAGAAGAGAGGUUUCUGACUCGGGCAUCCAGGGUUGCUCAUGAAAAUGGUCCUACACAUCCCCCACAGUGACAGCUACCGAUCCCAGAUAAGCAGCCGGUGCGACGCGGGCAGACGACAUCAGCCCGAAGUCCCCCAGCCGAAUAGAGAGCUGCACCUGCCGGUGUGCCGGAUUAGACAAGGCGCCCGUGCGGUGGAUUCGGGUGAAGGCCGUGAUCUUCGCAGCAUCGUGUACACGGGCGGCUACCAAGAGGGAAGACGAGGGGGCAAGAAGGCGACACCAGUAGAUGAAGUGCGGAGACCCGCAAUAGCGAAGCAGCAGGUUCGCCCCCUGCACCGCGUGGUCCCAAUCGUCGACAGCAAAGGCCACCACGCCGUCGAGGAGGCGCUGGUGGCUGGCGACGACUUCGUUGAUGGUGCGCUCGACGAAAGCCGGAGUGCCGAUGGGGGCGGAGAGGAGGAUAAUCCUUCGGUGGACGCGCGCGCACCUCGACUAAUGAUGGCGGUCGGCAGGUCGACGGGUGAGCGCCAACGCGGGGACCAAGCAUGGCACUUGUCGAGCCGCAGCACCAGACACGAAGAAGGCUCAUGAAGACGCUCAGGCAGCCGCAUCCAACAAUGUCGGAGGUGCAAGGUAAGAC